AUGCCCAGGAGGUCACGAAACUUUGAUAAAGCAGAUGAGGUAUCGUCACGUGGCAGUGCACCACCACCCCUGGCGUCUGGUGAUGCCAUACAGAAGCGGAAGAGGAGCUGGAAAAACAACAGAGUAUGGCGGAGAGAGAACCAGUCCCAACUGCAGCAACAAAGUUCUUUACCAGUGGGCCACAAAGUCAUAGCUAAUCAGGUGCAGAUUCAGCAGCUGAAGUCAUCAUCUCCAGCCAAAGUUCUCAAAGACCCAGAGCCCAAUCAGCCCGAGCCACCAGGGUUCUUGAGGAGGUACUGGUGUGUGAACAGAGUAUGGAGGAGAGACAGAGAGUGGAGACGAGAGGAGCACACACCAGUAGAUCCUCCUCUGGAGGUGGCCACAUCUACCCAGUCUCCAGGGGCUUGUUUGGACCCUCCCUCUGAUCAAAAGAAAUCUGUCUCCAUCACGACCACAGAUAAUGAAGUGACAGUGGGGAAGAAACAGCAGGGUCAGAAAGCAAAAGGAGAUACAGAUAGUAUCCGCCGGAAGCACGACUCCCGUCCUCCACCUGUAAACAAAGACAUUGUGUCAGGCGCUGAGGGCAAGUCCACCCGGAAGCGGAAGAGACCAGAGUGUCCUGUCGUGCCUUCUAAACGGUCGAAAUCAGACAAGGUACUAUGUGAAUUUAUUUGUUUUUCAGCCUUUUACUUGGAAAUAUUUAUCUUUAAUUCAAUGGAGUCAAUGUAUUUGUGUACAAUUCAAAAAAUGUAUUGAUUUUCUUUUUUUGCAGUCUGUUUCCUUCGAGGCUGAGAUGCAGUGCCUCAUUCAGGGAUUUUCUGCACUGUGUUUGUAAGACACAUGCAGGUGUAGACAAUUUUAUAUUAAUCAAUGUAAAUAGUUAUGAUUAAAUCAAUGUAAAUAGUUAUGAUUUUAUGAAGAAUGUAAGUUAAAUCUGUUUAAUAAUGGAGUUGGUGACAAUUUUUUCAUUUUUCUUACUUACAACUAAACAAUCAAUUGAAAUUUGUUGUUUUGUUUAUAUUUUUAUAUUAAUCAAUGUAAAUAAUUAUGAUUAGAUUAUAAGCUGUUUAAUAAUGGACACUGUGACAGUUUUUGGUUUAGUUUGUGUUUUAUCAUUGGAAUUGUGUUGUAUUUUUGGAAAUGUUAUCAUUCAUGUUUAUUGUUACUCUUUUUUUUUUUUACUGGUUUAUCUUCCCUUUGCAACAAAGUUUCAGGCAUUGUAUGUGCUUCUGAAGAGUUUGUGUACACCACAUAAAAGAGGUACUAUUUCAGAUAUUGGUUAUACUUGCUAUAGAUAGCAGAUAAGGUUGGGAAUAUAACUAAUUUCAGUGACAUCGCAGACACGAUAUAAAUUUUUAAUCUCAUGUUUGCUAAAGAUGUAAGGAAAGAAAGAUUUGUGUAGAUUACUAGUUGAAAAUGCCAUUGGUCAAGGUCACAUAUUGAAUGUACAGUGUUACUGAUACCAUAUAAAGACUACCCUUGUAGUUUCUUUCUCCUCAGAAGAGAAGGAGAGCAGUGCAGUAAAUGUUGCCGAUACAACUGUAAUAAUACCUUUGAUUUUUCAGCGGCAUACUCGUCACAUACAUAUGCACUGUAGGUAGGAGGGGGGGAAAUGCUUAUUGAUGUCAAGGUCAAAGGACAAAUUAUUAUAAGUUGAUGUUUUAGAUUUGAACUUAUUGAAUGAUCCCAUGUUGCGAGGGGAUGGCCUGCUUGGCGGUGACCAUGUUUGUUCAUUUAAGAUUUCUGGAUUUUAUCGUUUUUGUUUUAUUCAUUUGUUUACUUUGGAUUUGUACAUAGUUUUUAUAUUUUAUAUUAAAUUCUCAAAUAAAGACGAAGUUCUCUAUUUAGUGUCAUUGUUGUGUUUAAAUUCACAAGUAAGAAUAUUGCAAGUACUGGAACAGUGAUUAACCUUGUAUCAACCUAUUGCUGAGAGAACUGCAUGUUCUCAUACCUGAAGGUUAAAAGAAAACAUAAUCCUGACCAC